CGCCGCCCCCAAUGGCAGCCGGGAGAGGGUGUCUCCGCCCCCUGCGCCGCGCCCCACGUGACGGGCGGCGGGCGGGGGUCGCCGUUGCCAUGGUGCGCGCGUUCGUGCUGCACACGCUGGGCGGCCCCGCGCCCCCCGCCGCCGCCCCGGGUCCCGCCGCCGCGCCGCCCCCCCGCUGCCGCGUGCUCUACGCGCGGGCCUACGAGGCGCCCGGCGAGGGGGCACCGGCCCGGCAGCGCCUCCGCCGCAAGGAGCAGCUCCUGGCCGUGGCCAGGCAGGUGACCUCCCAGUGCCGGCUGCUGCAGGCGGCCGCGGGCCGGGCGGCCUCCCUGGCACCGCCACAGCUGCCCGACGAGCCGGUGUCGCUGCAGGCGGCUCCGGGGGGGCUGUUCCGGCUGCGGCCCGGCGACCCCUUCUCCGGGCCGGCCACGGUGGUGUGGCUGGCCGUGCUGGCGCUGGGCUUCGCCCUGGUCUGCGAGCCCCACGAGAACCUGCUGCUGGCCGAGAGCACCCUGCGGCGCCUGGCGCGGCGGCUGCUGGGCGCCCUGCGCCUGCUGGGCCCCGGCGCCGAGGCGCUGCUGCGGGCCGGCCACGCCGAGGCCCUGCUCGACCGCCUGCUGCCCCACGGGCAGCUCCUCUUCCUCGGCGAGGCCGCGGCGCAGGCGCUGGAGCGCGAGGCGCCCGCCAAGGCGCUGCGGUAGGGAACCGCCGGCUGCCCUGCCCCGAGCUUCUCCCGACCCGCUGGAAAGGGAAACGGAGGGACCCAACCCGCCUGCCCGGGUUCGAGGUACGGCCAGCGCCUCGGAGCAGCCUCGGAGAGGAAGGAAGAGCGGGGACGGGAGCCGGAGGGGCCGGUUUCGCCCCCGUCUGGCCCCCGGGCGCCUGCUCGGGAGGAAGGAGAGCGGUGCCGCACAGCGGGAGCAGCGAAAGGGCUGCACGCGUAAAGCAUCGCUGUCUCUCCUUGAACAAUAAAAAAUGAGGAUGGAAAUGGGA